AAAAACCCGAAAAAAGAAAAAAAAAAAUCAGUUCUCAGUUCUCAGUUCUUGUGCCUUCUUAGCAGAAAAGGGGAAUAAAACGGCGAAGUCUCGCAGAGAGAGAUAAUGGAUAUGGAGUUGGAAGGAGGAAAAGUGAAGCCAUUAACGUACAAAAUCAAAGCUAUGUCUCGAGAAACUUCUGCUCAGAAAGCCAUCCAUGUCCUUGACGCUGACCUUCGUAAUUAUUGGUCUACUGGUACUAAUACUAAAGAGUGGAUCUUACUUGAACUCAAUGAACCAUGCUUGUUAUCUCAUUUACGGAUACACAAUAAAUCUGUUUUGGAGUGGGAAGUUUCUGCAGGCUUGCGUUAUAAGCCAGAGACUUUUGUGAAAGUUCGUCCACGAUGUGAAGCGCCUAGACGAGACAUGAUUUAUCCCAUGAAUUAUACUCCGUGUCGUUACGUUCGAUUGUCUUGUCUAAGAGGAAGCCCAAUUGCCAUCUUCUUCAUCCAGUUGAUGGGGAUUUCAGUGCCUGGUCUUGAACCGGAGUUUCAAAUUGCGGUUGAUUAUCUUCUACCCCAAAUCGUGACCCAUGAGCAAGAUUCUAAUGGCUUUCAUCUUCAGUUGCUUCAAGAGAUAACUGAUCGUUUGCGUUUAUUCCUGCCUCAACUUGAGUCAGAGCUUACAAAAUUUUCUGAUGAUUCAGAGAGUAGCACACGUUUUCUUGCUAUGCUUGCGGGCCCAUUUUAUCCAAUUCUUCAAAUUGUCGCCGAAAGAGAAGCCGCAAAAUGCUCAACAAACGGUGUGGACUCUGAGGUGUCUAGAACUAGUCAACCAGCACCAACUAUAACAGUUUCCUCUAAUUUUGAGCCAAGGAAAUUACGCAGCAUGCAACCUUUUCCUUUGCCAGCAUCUCGAUCAAUUGUAUUUCGGUCAGAUGCAAUCUUCAUGUUGCUGAGGAAAGCUUUUGGAGAUAAUGAUUUAGGAGCUGUAUGCAAAGUGGCUUCAAAGAUUCUACAUUAUCUUGGAGAGUCAACCUCAGUGCAAGAAACUUCUUUUUUCACCAAGGAGACAUCAUCUCUGCUCGAAGAAGCACCAGCGUCAAAAUUGUGUGAUCAUGUUGCUUUAUCAGAUUAUUCAGAGUUGUUUGGGGAUCAGUUUGUGAUUCCUGAUGUUGACUGGAUUCCUAGCUUUAUAAAUGUCCUUGAUAUUGGGGCAGUAGAGGAAGGAAUUUUGCAUGUUUUGUAUGCUUGUGCAUCGCAGACGAUGCUUUGCAGCGAGCUGGCAAAGAGUGCUUCUUCCUUUUGGCUGGCAUUACCUCUUAUACAAGCUCUAUUACCAGCUCUUCGUCCAGUUAGUUCACUUAGCGUUGAUGAUACUUUCUCACAGUGGAGGCAACCUGUUGUACAACAAGCCUUAUCCAAGAUUGUAUCAACAUUGUCAUCACCGGCAUAUCAUCCUCUUAUCCAUGGUUGUGCCGGAUAUUUGUCAUCUUUUUCAUCUACUCAUGCAAAAACUGCUUGUGUCUUGAUUGACUUGUGCAGCAGUUCACUUGUGCCAUGGAUGCCUCGUGUAAUUGCCAAGAUAGACUUGGCUGUUGAGCUUCUUGAAGAUCUUUUAUGUGUUAUUCAGGAUGAACAUUCUUUAGCUCAAGCUCGUGCUGCCCUUAAAUACCUUUUGCUGGCUUUAUCUGGUUACAUGGAUAAUGUACUGGCUGAAUUCAAGGAAGCAAAGCUUAAAGUCCUAUUUCUUGUGGAGAUGUUGGAGACUUCUCUAGAGCCUGCGUUUUUGGCCUCACAGAGCAUGAUAGUCUCUGCUGAUGUUUCCUAUACUUUCCAAAAUGUUCACGAAGAUACUUGUGCUAUUGCUCUGGAAGUUAUUCGUGCUGCUGUGAGGAAGCCUUCUGUUCUUCCCUCAUUGGAGCAGGAAUGGCGUCUUGGAUCAGUACCUCCUAGUGUUCUCCUGUCUAUUUUGGAUCCGCACCUGGAAUUGUUAUCCGAGAUCGACUUUUGCAAGCCUUCUUUCUCAAAGUCAGACAAAAAGAUUUUGAACUGCUCCUCAUCAUCCGAUGCACCCAGUGAAGCAAAUUUUUUAAAGGCGACUAGUCCAGAUGAUUUGGUUGGAGUAGUCGAUGUUCCCAGCAAAGAUGUUUCAGAAGAAUCCAGCCUUUAUUUUGCUCCAGAGGGGUUAAGAAAUCUAACACUUCUGAACUCUUUUGGGAAUGCUACCUGUGGUGUGCAGUCUAGUAAGUUGAAUCCCAACAAUGAUACGCAAGUUACACGAGAAGACUCAAGUAUUGGAGUUCGCAAGUGUUUUUCAUCAGAUUCUGGAUUGUCCAUGAAGUAUUUCAAUCUGCAUCUUGAUCAUACACAACUUCUAGACUACGAGACUUGCCAAUCUCGGGCAUCUGAGUUUCAUCGUUUGGCUUUGGACUUGCAUUCUCAGAAAAAUAUCAACCUUGAGGGUCACAAUGCUGCUGUAGAUGCCUUAAUCUUGUCUGCAGAGUGCUAUAUCAAUCCCUUCAUGAUUCCUGCUAAAGAGCGUUCUGUGGUUAAUAAUCAAGUGAAAUUUCACGGGCAAAAAUAUCCUCGAGAGCAAGAGAUUUUAGAGCUGAGGAAAGCCCUUGGAAAAGGUAAUUGCAAUCUACAAACAAUAAAUCAUCUUGAGAGGAAGAGAGACAAAGUGUUUGUCCAGAUCUUGCUUGAGGCAGGUGAGAUGGACAUGAUGUAUUACCAGAAAGUAUCGGAUGGAGUUCAAUGCCCAUAUGGUGCUGGAAGUGAUGAACGUGGAGGUGUAUCUGAGAUUGACAUUACAUCUGUUGAUGCAAUAACAUUGGUUAGAAGAAACCAAGAUUUAUUGUGCAAUUUCAUAAUCCUUCAACUUCAAAGAGAGCAUCAGUCAUUACAUGAACCUCUCAUGCAGUCUCUUGUGUUUCUGUUAAACUCUGCCACUGAGCUUGUCUGCUCCCCUGAAACUGUGAUUGACAUCAUAUUAGAUUCUGCAGAGCACCUUAACAAGUUCUUGAUAUCCACUCUUCACCAGUAUAAAGAAGGUACUUUACUUAGCUCAGAAAGAAUAUACAGAGUGCAAAGGCACUGGAUGAUUCUUCAAAGCUUGGUCGUUGCUUCAAGUGGAGGAAUCGAAGGAUCAAGCAAUGUAGUUAAUACGAGUAGUUUCCAGUAUAGCAAUUUGAUUCCUCCAUCCUCCUGGAUAUGCAGGAUACCAACAUUCUCUUCGUGUGCUUUUCCACUGGUUAGAUAUUUUGGUUGGAUGGCGGUUUCAAGGAUCUCUAAAAUAUACCUGACUCAGCGUCUUUUUCUUACAUCAAAUUUGUCUCAACUGUCAAAUUUAUUAUUUAUUUUUGCUGAUGAUCUGGCGGUGGUGGAUCUUCGCGAGGACUGCAAGAAAGAGGUCCAGAAUUCAGAAAAGUUGUCGGGGAAACAACGCGCCUAUAUGUCAGAAAAAUUCUCUCAGCAGCAAUACCAAUAUCUAUCGUUUUCUGUGAUGUACCCAGACCUGAGUAUCCUCUUUCCUGACAUGCAAAAAGAAUUUAUAACAUUCGGAGAAACAAUUUUGGAGGCUGUGGCUUUGCAGUUGAAAUCGCUUGCGUCAACUGCAGUUCCAGAUAUAUUGUGUUGGUUUUCUGAUCUGUGUUUGUCUCCUUUCCUCGAAAAGACAGACAAGACUCGGAGUUUUCCUCCAGUCAAGGGCCAUCAUGCAAAAAACGCCAAGGCAAUUAUUCUGUAUGUUCUUGAAACUAUUAUAAGUGAGCACAUGGAAGCUAUAAUUCCGGAGAUGCCAAGACUGGUACACAUUAUUGGGUCUUUGUGCCGGAGUUCGUAUUGUGAUACGCCAUUUCUUCAGUCUGUGUUGCGUUUAGUGAAACCCAUUAUUUCAUAUUCUUUGAAGAAGAACUUCAAUGAAGAAAAGCACCUAACUGGUGACUCAUGUGUUGAUUUUGAGAGUCUAUGCUUUGAUGAACUUUUUACAUGCAUUAGACAGGAACAGGGGAAUCUUGAUUCUUCUUCCGAAAGGGCUAAAGUGGCUCUUGUUAUAUUCGUUUUAGCUUAUGUCUUCCAUGAUUUGUCGUUUGAUCGUAAAAGAGAGGUUAUACAAUCAUCUAUCCAGUGUGUGGGAUUUCCAAUGUUAGAGCCAACAAGUAUGCUCUAUGACUACCUUUGCUCAUUUCAACAACUUCUACAAAGUUGCAAAGAUUUUUUAGUGGACAGCUUGAGAGCAAAGGGUCUUAUACCUAUGCCCAAUCUGAAUCUACAGUCAAUUAGACUUAAUGCUCCAAAAGCUGAUGCAUGGUUUCCUGAUGAUUUCUGUUAUAUCUGUGCAACAGAGGAGACUGACAAGUCCGAAAGCAAUUACAACACCACUUCCGUUUGUAAUGAUUAUCAUUGUCUGUCUUUAGAAGAAAUAGAAGGGUUCUCUGAGGACAUAAAUUGUCUCAUUUCCAUGCUUAGUACAACUAUUGAGUCAUCUUGGAAUCUUCAUCCUCAACUCUCCAGGAGUCUCUCUAUCUGUUCUGCCCAAUGCUUUAUGUAUUCCAGAUGCUUAUGUUCUCUUGUGCAUAGGUCUUCUGCUCUGGAUGCUUGUGAAAAUGACGAUGCAACAAUAUGUAGAACAUUUGAUGAGUUUUUUUCUCAUUGGAAGCUUGGCUUGGAAGGACUUGCAGAUAAGCUUACUCUGUUUCAAGAGAAGAGUUGCUGGGAAGUCUUGUCUACAAUGGUUGAUUGUCUACUCAAAGUGCCACCAUUUUGUAGCCUGGAUAAUGUGGCUGCUACACUUUGCAUUGUAAUUGAAAAUAUCAUGUUUAGUGCCCCAAGGAUUUUUUGGCGCUUGCAAACUGAUAGGUGGCUGUCUAAUUUAUUUUCACGAGGAAUCCUUAUGCAUGAGAGUGGGACAUGUCUUAUUGGCUUACUUUCUAAAAUGUUGAGCCAUUCUGAACCAGAGCAGCGCUUUACUGCACUUCUGCAUUUAGGUAGACUCUUUGGCUUAGAUGUGAAUGGAAGAUGGAUUGUGCUUACUUCUCCUUCUUUCGACAAAUUAGUGUCCCAAGAUGGUAUUUGCAUAUCAGAAUCUGUCUUUUCCCAGCUCGUUUUUAGCACUUGGGAUCAAGUCACACUUACGGCUUCUGUAGAUGUGUCACUGCACUUGAGAACUAUUGCUAAGGCUCUUCUGGUUCACUAUAUUCCAUUUGCUGAUCAUGCCAAAUUGCAGUCUUUUCUUGGAACUGUUGACAGUAUGUUCCUGGCAAUGGGUAAUUCUGCAUAUCCAAUGGGUGAGGGCUUGUUUGCUCAACUUUCCUUGGCGCUAUUGGCUGGCGCUUGCCUCUACUGUCCGGCUGAAGAUAUUCCGUUGGUUCCCCAAAGUGUUUGGAAUUAUGUAGAGGCUGUGGGUUGUUCAAAAACUGGGAGAGUUGGGGAAAUGGAGAAGAGAAUCUGCCAAGCUUUGUGUAAAGUUAAACAUCAAGAAGAUGAAGCCAAAGAGGCCUUGAAGGAAGCACUUUCCACUUGUCCAUCAAAAGAACUUGACCCUGAGUUUGGGAAUACUCGUGAAUCUGUUCUUCAGGUUCUUGCUAAUUUAACCUCUGUACAGACAUAUUUUGAUGUGUUUGCUGAAAAGAUAGACCAAGAAGCUAGAGAGUUGGAAGAGGCUGAAUUGGAGAUGGACAUUGUUCAGAAAGAAGUUCCGCGGCUAGAAGAUACUGGUAAUUGGAAUGAAGUGUCUGCUGAUGCAAAGGACGGUAAUCGCCUGCAGCAAAUCAAAGAUAGCAUUCAUUCACUGGAGAAAUCUAGAAUUAAGGAAGAGAUAAUACAGCGGCGGCAGAAGAAACUAUUGCUGAGACAUAGGCGCCAUAAAUAUCUUGAAGAAGCUACCUUACGAGAAGCAGAUCUUCUGAAAGAACUCGACAGACAAAGAACUUCCGAAACAGAAAAGGAGAUUGAAAGGCAGACGUUGCUGGAGCUAGAACGUGCUAAAACUAAUGAACUCCGAUAUAAUCUUGAUCUAGAGAAAGAAAAGCAAACACAGAGAGAACUCCAACGUGAAUUGGAGCAAGUGGAGUCUGGAAGUAGGCCACCAAGACGAGAAUUUUCUUCUUCCCAUAGCAGCAGUCGGCCCCGAGAUCGUUAUCGCGACAGAGAGAAUGGAAGGUCUGGUGCAGAUGGCAGUUUGAGAAUAAGUGGUACCAGUUUACCGCCUGAUAUGUCUGUCAAUACACCGUCUCUUGCUACGACACCUACAGUCGUUCUCUCUGGUUCGAGAACAUUCUCAGUCCAGCCUCCAACAAUCCUUCAAGCCCGUGAACGCGUUGAUGAGUGCAGCAACAGUUAUGAGGAAAACUUUGAUGGGAGCAAAGAUUUAGGAGAUACUGGUAGCACCGGAGAACCAGAUCUAGGGUCUGGAUUUGAUGCUCUUGCUGGUGGGUUUGGUUCUCAAAGACAUGGAUCGAGGGGAGGCAAGUCCAGGCAAAUUUUGGAGAGAAGAGAGCGCGAAGGGAGACGUGAAGGUAAGUGGGAGAGAAAACAUUGAUUAUAUACACUAUAGGGUUCCAAUAAACUUAUAAAUCGUACAAGCUAAUUACAAGCAAAGAGUUGAUCUCAAGCACAGCCGCAUCAUUAUGAGGCUACAAUGAGGAAAAUAGCUGUAUUGUAAACUGCUACAUUGCUAAUAGGAGUAUGUAAUAGGCGGCUCGACGCUGUUCCUUACAUGGUUCACUUUCCCUCAGCGAGGAAAAUUGUUAUCACUCUUCAGGGGAUCAGGAUUAGUGAUUGCAACAAUGUUGUACUUUUAUGAUAGUUUCAGUGUAGAAAAAAAAUUUGUUGGACCUAAUUACUUUUUUGUGUGUUAAACGUCUCGACCAUUCAAUGCAUAGUUACAAGUGGAGAGACUGGAACAAUGUUGAGUUUGAGUCAUUUUGGUUUUGAUUAGGAUCGAUUUCUUUUUGGGUUAAAACUGGUUGACUCAUAAACUUCAGGAAUCGUUAAACUUGAGUCAUUAACCUUGAACAUAGAUUAGUUUGAUCAAAUAUGUGAGAUAAGUGUCUAUUAAGGGUUUGUGUUAUGUGUCUCUUCAAAAUUGUUAAGAUGGUGAAAAUGAUGUUAAUCAUUUUUUUAAUUUACGCGUUCAAAAAAGUUGAUAUAUAUUCAUUGUGACUGAGUUUAGGAGAUAUGAGUCAUUAAAAUCAAUGUGACACUCUUUAAAAAAGACGUUGCAAUGUGUAAAAGUAUCAAUAAUUAUCUUCUCGAUUUUCAUGCCAUCAAUAGCCAAAUAUGUAUUCGUAGAAACUUGGGAUAGACUGCCUCAAUGAGGCGGUACAAUUAGGCCGACUUAAAAUCAAAAAAAUAA